AUGGCCACCAUAGCGGCAUCCACCGCCGCAGCCGCAGGUCUGCUCUACUACGCCGACCAACGCAUCGGAGUCAGCAGGGACAUCCAGCACUACCGUCAGGAAAAGUCCUUUACGAAGCGUAUGCUCCAGUUCGUCGAUAAACUUGGCCCUCAAUCACCUCACAUAUAUCGCAUGCUGGAACUCUGCGACCCAAACGCCGACGCAUUAUGGUUCGAGGGCCGCUCGUGGAACUUCAGGGCGCUGAAAGCUCAGGUGGAUGAACUCGCGCUCGGUCUGAAGGAGGGUCUGGGUGUCAAAGAUGGCGACAUCGUCGCUGUGUUCAUGACCAACUCGCCCGAGAUGGUUUCCAUCAUCUAUGCCCUGACCAAGUUGGGAGCAGCGCCCGCGUUGAUCAACAACGCCCUCAGAGACGACACAUUACUCCACUGUGUGCGGCUGCCCAAGUCAAACCUGAUCCUCAGCACUCCGGAUCUUGCUGGUUAUGCGGCGUCAGCGGCACAGUCAAUGGGCGGCGGAGCUGUCAAGACCGUGAGGUUGAAUCUGGGGUCAUUCCGACCUACGCCGCUGUCAAGCGACAAUAGCGGCGGCGAUAUAAUCGACUUCCCCUUCCCCGACCCAUCCCGAUCACCGGCCUCGUCUCUACCUCCGACACCACCCAAGACCCUCGGCUCAGUCGCCGCUCUGAUCUAUACUUCCGGGACGACAGGCAAGCCCAAGGCGUGCAGCGUGAAAAACGGCCUCAUCUGUGCCGUGGGAUGCACUUCAUCUUCGGACGCCGCCAACCCCAAGAAAUACCUCCAGGGUCUCCGGGCGUAUUCAUGCAUGCCUCUUUUCCACGGCACCACCUUCUUCGCCGGCAUGUGCUACUCGGUGGGGCAGGGGGGCUGUUUCAUUCUCGCGAGAAAAUUCUCGGCCAGAGGGUUCUGGAAGGACGUGCACGAAUCGCGCGCCACGAGGAUCCUGUAUGUCGGGGAGUUGUGCCGCUUCCUCCUCGCCACCCCGCCGGGGCCGUACGACAAGGACCACCACGUCCUCGUGGCCGCGGGCAACGGGCUGCAGAAGGACGUCUGGGUGGCGUUCCAGGACCGCUUCCGCGUGCCCGAGGUCCGCGAAUUCUACCGCUCCACCGAAGGGCUCGUCAAGUUCGACAACGUCCACCGCGCCGGUCGCCCUGGGGCGGGGAAAGUCGGGUACCUGGGCCCCCUGAGGAAGAAGAUUCUGGAGAAGGACCAAUUCAUCAUCCGGUUCGACUACGACACCGAGUCCCCCAUCCGCGACCCCAAGACGGGCUUCUGCAUCGUGUGCCCCAAGGGCGAGCCCGGCGAGGCCAUUGCGCGGAUCCACAACCUGGCCACCUACACGGAUUACCACAACAACGAGGCCGCCACGGAGCAGAAAUUUCUGAGGGAUGUCUUCGAGAAGGGCGACCUGUUCCAGCGCAGCGGGGAUCUGCUGGUCCAGGAGCCCGACAACUGGGUGAGGUUCGUGGACCGCAUCGGCGACACGUACCGCUGGAUGGGCGAGAACGUGUCCGCGGGCGAAGUCAGGGGUUUCAUCUCCGAGCUGCCGGGCGUCAAGGACGCCGUCGUGGUCGGCAAGCGUCUGGCCAAGUAUGACGGACAGGUCGGCACCGCGCUGAUCGUGCUCGACCCGGCCAUCAACAACAACAGCAGUGCUAGCGAGAAAGAGCACGGCACAGACCCACUGGCGGGCGAGAAGGCGUUCAUGAGCCGCCUGUUCCAGGCACUCAGAGGCAAAGGCGUGCCCCGCUACGCCGUGCCCCGGCUGGUCAUGGUGCGCGACGAGCUGGUCGACGUGGGCGACACCUUCAAGCACGCAAAGACCGUGGUCAAGAACAUCGACUGGGCCGCCGGCACCAGCAACAUCACCACCACCAACGCGUCCUCUGGCCCCAUGGCCAAGACCAGGAAGUAUUACCUGGACCUCGAGGAGGAGCGCUUCAAAGAGCUGGACGCCGAGAGUUGGAAACGGAUCGACGAGGGAAAGGCUAAGUUGUAG